CGUCACGGCGGAGUCGCCAUGGUGUCCCUGUGCGGCCUGGCUUCGGCGCUGGAGUCUUACAGGGGCCGCGACCGCCUGAUCCGAACGCUGGGGUACUGCUGCCAGCUGGUGGGCGGGGUCCUGGUGGAACAAUGUCCUGCCGCCGGGUCAGAAGUGGGGACGCGCCUGCUGGCACUGUCUUCCCAACUCAGCCACUGCAGGACCAUCCUGCGACUCUUUGAUGACAUGCCCAUGUUUGUCUACACUAAGCAGUACGGCCUGGGGGCAGAGGAGGAGGACAUCUUUGUCCGCUGUGUGUCUGUCCUGGGCAACCUGGCCGACCAGCUCUACUACCCCUGUGAGCACGUCGCCUGGGCUGCUGAUGCCAAAAUCCUCCACGUGGACUCUGCCCGGUGGUGGACACUGAGCACAGCCCUCUGGGGCCUCUCCCUGCUCCUGGGGAUUGCUAGGUCCCUGUGGAUGGUCCUGAAGCUGAGACAGAGGCCGAGGAGCCCCCCGGCAGCCUCCACCAGCCGGCUGCCCCGGGGCAAGCAGAGGGCCGUGGAGGCCCAGAUCUGGUCGGAGGCACUGACUCUCCUGAGCAACCUGGCCGACCUGGCCAACGCGGUGCACUGGCUGCCUCCCGGCGUCCUGUGGGCCGGCCGCUUCCCUCCGUGGCUGGUGGGCCUCCUGGGCACCGUCUCCUCCCUCCUCAGCGUGUACCAGGCAGUCCGGGCCGGCAGCCAGACUGAUGCCGCCCCCUGAUGGACCAGGGAGCCAGAACCCCAAUAGGGGCCCUUCCCUUGGAGCAGUGAUUGCCCGGGAGGGGCCGGAUCUUUAAUCAAGCAGAUCAAGGCCAGGUGCAGGGAGGCCCAGCCAGAGGAAUGCACAGAGCAGCCUGGGGCAUGAGCCCCGGACGGUGGGCGUGUGGGGGGCGAGGUCCCCCAGGCCCAGCCUCUGUGGGGGCGGAGCGGGAAGACCCUGAGACUCACUCGGGUGCAGAGGAACAGGCCCCCGCAGGCCAGAGCCCUCCAUCCAGUAGAGGCCAGCAGAGCAGCUGGUCGGGAUGGAGAGCACCAGGGGGCCCUGAGGAACGUGAAAUAAGAAUCAAUUAAAUGCGGUGGUUCCAGUGCCAGGCCAGAUGUGAGAGCUUAUUCCUAAUUCCCCCCACCCCCUCUUGUCUGCUCACUCGCACGCCCUCUCCCCCCAGCAGGCGGGGGUGCCACAGGCCUUAUUUUAGGGAGGGUGCUCAGGUGCCCACUGUGGGCCUGGGUUCAGCCUCCUGCGGGCUGGCUGGGGUGGGAAGUCACACCUCCCCGCCCGCCUUCCGGAGCAUCCUUGUCCGGUGGUCCCCUCCAACGCUGCAGGUGCGGCCCGCGGACCCGGAGCGGCCUUCAGCCCAGGGGGCCGGUCCUCUCUCCCCGUGGGCUUGGGCACCCCGGCCAUGGAUGCUGCCUCCGCCAGGCUGUGCCCGCGUCUCGAGCUCCUGGGCGUUGCGAGGUUGCUGUCGUGGCCGAAGCAUCCCACAGCCAUGGCUCGGACACAGGGCUGGCCUGAGCAUUUCAUGGGCUCCGAGCAUCUCUGGAGAUGCCCGAGUCUCUCGCCUCCCAGCUUGUGAAGAACAUGGCAGGCAGGACGGGACGAGCUUGUUUUCGUCUGAGGUUGGAGAGGCAGCACGUGGCCUCGGGCGGCUCCGGUGGGCAGUGGGCGGCCCACCCCUGCCCCUCGCUCUUGCUGCGCCCUGUGACCCUCCAGGUGUGAGUCCUGGUGGGAAAGGGGAGGGAAUAGCGCUCUGUCCCUCACAGCUCACAAGCACCCGGAAGAACCAAUGAACUGGCCAUGUUGAAGGUCCCUGCAGCCUCCUGUUCUUCCAACCACAUUUUGUUCUUUUACAAAGAAGGUACUUGGCCGGGAACAGCUGGGUUGUGGGGCUGCUCAGGGUCACAUAGGACGCAGGGACCCCGCCUGGCCCAUCCAGCAGCUGGAGGGGGGUCUCCCUCUGGCCUAGGGGAGGGGGAGAGAGGAGGGAGGGGGGUCCUCUUCCCUCUCGUAAAGGGGGGCAUGCUUCGCGUUCCCAGCACCCAGGGGCACCCGUGCGAUUAGGGUGCGGGUCAGAGCAGCACUGCCUACCUGUCUGAAGACUCAAGUGAGUUAACACCUGUAAAGCAGUGUGUUUGUCAGGGGACCACGUGAACGCCUGGAAGUGUAACACGGCAGGUCACAGGUACCCCAGGAGGCUGGCGUCCCUGCAGGCCUGGACAGCAGAGCUGGCUGGGCAAGUGAGGAGCCACCUCUGCCUGUUGUGUGGCCACGCCCCCUGUCCCGUGCCCUUCUCUGGGCUUGAAGCUCAUCUACAGGUUGGGGUGAAGCAAGACAAUUCCAGGGGAUUGGGUCCCAAAGGAUCUCCAGCUGUUCUGCAGGACAUGGGGAGUGCAUGCGCGGUGGACUCUGCUCCCUCAGGGAGCAGGGAGGCUGAGGGGCCCCCCUUGUCAAGGAGGCUGACACCCCAGGACUGCCGGGGCGGCCUAAGUGGGAGGGGACCCAGCCAGGGCUGGAGGGCUUGGCAGCAUUCUCUGCACCAUGGCCUUGUUACAGGGCUGCUUCCUCUGGGGGCCACCACAGCCACCUUGGCACUGCCACUGCCUCCA